AUGUCUAUGCUCUCAAGAGUGCAUUCCAGAGAUCAGGAGAUCAUCACCAUUACAGCCGCCGACGAAUGGCUCGGAUAUUGCAUCGCCGAUACGUUACUUGGCUGUCACAAUCGUCGUUUCAAAGUCCGUGCCUUAUGUCGUGAUAAAGACAAGUGCGAGAGACUGCGCAGAAAGGGUGCCGAAGUUUGCGAGAUUGAUUAUGACGACCGUGGAACUCUCGAUGUUGGAGUCAGAUAUUCGAAAUGGAUUGUUUUUGUGGUCGAAAAGGAACAUGAUCGAGUUGACAAGGCGGAGGCGUUAUGCGAUGCCAUCAAGCAUGCAGAAGUCAACAAUGUCGCCUUGAUGAGUACUCUUGGAACUAUUGAUUCCGACUGUCCAACAUUUACAGACUAUGAGCACAUCGAAAACGCCGUCAAGAAUUGCACUGACGACUGGGUAAUCUUACGUCUUGCUUUCAUCCAACAACUUUUCUACUAUUGGAAGAAAUCUGUCCAAGAACAUUCCAUGUUGAGCUUUUCGAUCCAUCCAGACUCGCGCUUUUCUCCAAUUCAUCUAGACGACGUCAUGGACUCUUUUCGCGAGAUUGCUUUCCGCGGAGAUGUUCCACGUGACAUAGACGCAAAACACCGUCACAAGAUUUACACUCUUACCGGACCCGAGGCCAUAGAUGGUUUCAUUCUUGCCGACAUUAUCAGCGAGGCUAUCGAUCACCGUUGGUUCGUUCGCUUUAUGGAGACCUCUAGAGAACAAGUCGAGCGAUAUUUGAGAUCAUUGGGAGGAAAGAGAGACCGCAACAAUAUGUAUCCUGAGGGUAGGAAAGAGCGCAAUUAUCCCCCACCUCCACCACCGAACGAAGUUUGUAUUGACUCUAUAUGCGAUCACUUUGACUAUACCAGAGCCGGAAAAUCUGACUAUAUUACUGGUGAUGUACUUCGUAUUACGGGGAAACCACCCGUGCGUGCCGUUUGGUAUUUCAAGGAAAAUGUGGAUGAUUUCCGUCCUCUGAAGCCUACUAGUACUAGUACUAGAAGCAAAAUGUAA